AUGCGGAAGCUCCAAGCUGCCGACAGAGGAGUCACCGCAACGCGCCAGCGCCACCGUCUGAUGUCUCCUGCUCCCCGCUGCGCCGUCUCACUCCCUCCGUAUCCUUCUAAUGCCUCCGCUACCAGCACCAGCGGCGGCGGGGGCGGGGUGAAGGCGCAGCGCCACCCGACGUCGUCGCAGGUGAGGCGGCUGUGCAAACAGGGCCGCCUGGACGGCGCGCAGCGGCUGCUCCUCGACGCGCUCCCGCGCCCGCCGCCGCCGCUGCUCUACAACGCGCUCCUCAUCGCCUACGUGGCCCGCGCCCUCCCGGAACACGCGCUGUGGCUCUACGCGCUCCUCAACCACGCCGCCCGCCCCGCGCCACGCUCCGACCAUUACACCUACUCCUGCGCGCUCACUGCCUGUGCCCGCACCCGCCGACUCCGCCUCGGGAAAUCCGUCCACGCGCACCUCCUCCGCCGCGCUCGCUCGCUGCCCGACACCGCGGUGCUCCGCAACUCGCUCCUCAACCUCUACGCCUCCUCACCUCCUGCCUGCGGUACCGAGGCGGCGGCGGCGUCGACGUCGUUCGCAGGCUGUUCGACGCGAUGCCCAAGCGGAACGCGGUUUCGUGGAACACACUGUUCGGAAUCUCUGGAGCUGUUCGCGCGUAUGCUGGAGGAUGGUAUCAAGCCCACGCCAGUCAGCUUCGUCAAUGUCUUCCCUGCGGCGGCCAAGGAAGAUCCCAGCUGGUCGUUGGUGCUCUACGGCCUCCUUGUGAAGCAUGGGAUGGAAUAUGUCAAUGAUCUCUUUGUUGUCAGCUCGGCCAUCGCGAUGUUCUCUGAACUCGGGGAUGUGCAGUCAGCUUGGAGGGUGUUUGAGUACACUGCCAAGAAGAACACCGAGGCUUGGAACACGUUGAUCACUGGGUAUGUGCAGAAUGGGAAAUUUGCUGAAGCUAUGGAUCUCGUUAUCCGGUUAAUGGGGUCUAAAGAUGUUCCAAUGGAUGUCGUGACCUUCUUGUCAGCAGUCACGGCUGCAUCACAGUCCCAGGAUGGCAGGUUGGGUCAGCAGCUGCAUGGCUACUUGAUCAAAGGAAUGCACGCCACUUUGCCAGUGAUACUUGGUAAUGCACUUGUUGUAACAACAAUUUUGAUUUGGAAGGCCAGUUGCUCGUUUAUCAGAUGCAAAAAUCAGGGUUUGCAGCUGAUUGCUGAUUCAGUGACACUGACUGCAGUUCUCUCUGCUGCGUCCAAUACAGGAGACCUUCAGAUUGGUAAACAAGCCCACGGUUAUCUUGUAAGGCAUGGCAUUGAGGAUGAGGGCUUGGAGAGCUAUCUGAUUGACAUGUAUGCCAAGUCCGGUCGCAUAGAAAUAGCUCAGAGAGUAUUUGACGACUAUGGUAAUGUCAAAAGAGAUGAAGUCACCUGGAAUGCCAUGAUAGCAGGGUACACACAGAGUGGGCAGCCUGAAAAAGCAAUCUUGGCAUUCCAGGCAAUGCUUGAGGCAAGUCUUGAACCUUCUUCAGUGACACUUGCCUCGGUGCUCCCUGCAUGUGAUCUUCUAGGAGGAGGUUUAUGUGCAGGGAAGCAGAUCCAUUGUUUUGCUUUGCGCCGUUGUUUGGACACCAAUGUCUUCGUAGGUACAGCUCUUGUUGACAUGUACUCCAAGUGUGGCGAGAUUUCUACUGCAGAACAUGUCUUUGCUGUUAUGACUGAAAAGAGCACUGUCUCCUGUACAACAAUGAUUUCUGGUCUUGGUCAGCAUGGUUUUGGCGAAAGAGCAUUGUCCCUUUUCUACUCAAUGCAAGAGAAGGGGCUAAAACCUGAUGGUGUCACCUUCUUGGCAACAAUUUCAGCAUGUAAUUACUCUGGGCUGGUCGAUGAAGGGCUUGCUCUGUACAGGUCAAUGGAAACUUUUGGGGUUGCAGUUACUCCUCAGCACCGUUGCUGCAUUGUGGACAUGUUAGCUAAAGCCGGCAGAGUGGAGGAAGCUUAUGAAUUUGUGCAGGAGCUGGGGGAGGAGGGUAACUUCAUUUCUAUCUGGGGAUCACUGCUCGCGUCCUGCAAAGCACAGGACAAGCAGGAAUUGGUAAAUUUGGUGACAGAGAGAUUGCUCUGCAUUGAGAAGAAGUAUGGCCAUGCUGGUUACAACGUUUUGUUGUCACAUAUUUUUGCUGCUGAGGGCAACUGGAGUAGUGCUGAUAGCUUGAGGAAGGAGAUGAGGUUGAGAGGGUUGCGGAAGAUGGCAGGUUCUAGUUGGAUUAAAGUCCAGGAUGCAGCAUUACAAAGCUCCCCUAAAAAUGACCAUGAACACUCAUUGCUGCAUGGGGUUGAUUACAGUAGAGAUGAAAUCAUCUGA